AUGCCUGAGAAGGACAUUAUUUCUUGGAACUCUACGAUUUCUGGUUCUGUUUCAUCUGGAUUUGCUAAUAAUGCUAUGGACGUUUUUCUGGAAAUGAAAAACGCUGGUUUUAGACCAAGUAAAUAUACCUUCUCCAUUUUGCUUCCAGUGUCGUAUGCUUGUCAUGGUAAGCAAUUUCUUGGCAGUAUGGUUCGAAGUGGUGUGGAUGUGUCAAGUGUGGUGCUCAGAAAUUCAUUGAUUGAUAUGCAACCAGGCUUAAGAGUAUUGGCACUAUAUCAGUUCUCUCUAGUAGCACUCUCCCGAUCAGUUCACUGUAUUAAUCAUGCUAAACUUGGAUUAACUGAGAAUGCCAUUAUAGUCUUCAUAGAUAUACCUGUUAGAGGUUUGAUAUCAUGGAACACUAUGAUUAUGGUUCUGGUUAACAAUGUGUACUUUGAAGCCUUACGCACUUUGAAUAAGUUGGUCAGGGAAGGUGUACUGCCAGAUAGGAUAACUCUAGCUGGAGUCUCAUUAGCUUGCAGUCAUGCUGGUUUUGUUGAGGAAGGGAUAGCCACCUUCUUUUCAAUGGCAUAUGAACAUGGAGGCGUGCCGAGGAAUGAACAUUGUUCUUUUGUAGUGAACUUGCUGAGUUGGGCUGGUAAAUUUGAAGCAGUUAUUAUUAUUAAAACACCAAAAUGCCAAUCUACUUCUACACUUUGCAAGUCACUUCUUGGUGUCUGUGCAAUUCAUGGAGACCUAAAAGUUGUUGAAAGAGUUGCAGAGAGGGUGGUGAAGCUGGAACUGCAAUCAUCCUUACUGUAUUCGAUUAUGCAGCUUUGUUCUGAAGUUUACUGUCUAUUCUCUCUGCAUUUGUGUGGGUUUGCUAUAGUGGGAUACCAAUUGAAAGCAUUCCCAAGGUCGUUUGCUGGAGCUAACUUUCGUGCAAUGGAGGAUGGAGUUUGGAAGAAAGCUGAAGCAGUGUGGAGAGAUAUGUGA